GGCCAUGGACUCGGGAUUGAUGGUCGCUUAACCGCGUGACCACAAAUGAAAAUGGUCAGUUCCGCGAUGGUCGUCAAGUGCGGCGCUCCUUCACCAAGUUGACGAGAUGUAUGACACCACCUGUAAUCGACCUGCGGUGAAGGGCCAUCUCCGCAAGUCUGGGAAGCCCAGUUGAAGCGAAAGCCAGAUUAUCAGGCGAUAUAUCGGCCUAAUCCGCUCCCGACACUGUCGAAAACGGGUCAACAAGCAGCUGGACUCGGCACGUCGACCAUGAUGUGCCACGGCUUCCUGACUCAAAAUCUCGUCUUACAUUGGGAACACCUCGACCUGGCUAAACUGCCGAUUUAUGCGCGAGGAAGCAUGUCCACCGAGAGCGAUGGCGGUUGAGACCUACGUGGCUGAAUUUUCGUCUCUCCACAGUCGAUUCCGAGCGCUGCUGAGCAUGCACCACCGGCGAACGGAAGCCAGCACCGUUCUCAAUGAAGAUAACCGAGCGUCGCGCGUCAGCGAGCGCUUCUCGAACCCUUUCGCGCCUCUAUCACUGUCAGCUGAGGCGGUGGUAGGACUCGAGACAUUGACACAAACACUCGUGGCACGAAACAUGGAGGCAUACGAACGGCAUUUGCAUGAUAACGGCAACAAUGUGGACAAGUCCCGGUGGAAACUCAUGUACGAACAGGGAGGGCUGCGCUCAUACGCAGAACGCAGCAGCACUCCGUCAUUUAACUUUGGAGCGGCGAUGGGAGCGGCGGCAGGACAUUUAGACCGACGAGCGCCAGUGUUCACGCAGUCCUCAACAACUACCAUACCGUCAGUUUUAGUGGUUGGAGCGAUCGAAGGAGAACUGGACGAUACAAUGUACGGAUUCAUGUGUCCAACACUGGAUCAGAUGCGGGUCAAGACGUCGUACGUCAAAGACGGUCUUGUACGUGGCAGUGUGUUAGCUACACUCGUCUCUCCAACAGUGGAAGACCCGUUCACGUCGGUUGUAGUCAAGUGGAUGGAGAAAGGUCAGUCGAAACAUGCUCGAGCGAUGGUAAAGAACCGCGACUACGUGUAUCUGGAGGCCACGGGUGUCGACUAUCUUCGCAACGGGGAGCGAGUUGGCUACCAAAUUGUGCACUCGAUCCAAUUCCCAGAGACACCAGAGCGUUCAUCCGCUAUACGAGGCAACAUGUCCAUCUGCGCAUUCUACAGACAGAAGAACAGCGACGAAACGGAUGUCUACGUUAAAGGCUUCCUCAAUCCUCUGAAUGGACUGGAGAACUCCAUUAUCACGCGGUCAAUUGCUCGGACGCUGCUCUCCGUGUCCAGAAAUGUCCAUUGUUGCAAGAUGAAGAAGAUCAAAUGGGCCAUACGGCAAAGACAUCGAUCAGACAGGCAAAUACCGGUUGAUCCCAUGGCUGACGGACCUUGUGUGACUUGUGGGAAGAAGCGCUCAGCUGUCUCCAGUCUUCUCUCUGCAGCUGCUAGUCGAAUGACUGGGGGCAGGAACUUCCGCUGGCGGCGUCGGUGUAAACUCUGCGAGCGCUACGUGUGUCCGGACUGUCGUAGCUUGCACAAACUUACGUUUGUUUUACCGGAUCAUCGCUUGGUACAACAGCAGAUCGCGCUUUGUUACGGUUGUCUGGAAAAUGCACUCGGUGUUAAGGCUGUCGAUGUUGCUCGCGACGAACUGAAGCGACGACGCUGGUCACUCUACGAAUGGAGAGAUACAUACGCCACCUCGACAAGCUCAAAUCCGAUAACGAUCAACGAGCUCAAUUAGCACAGGAAACCCAGGAAAACUAAGUAUCAAAACGCUUCACAGCAAUAAAAAUUCAACUCAACUGCAAAUCCAUCAGAACAACAGACAGGCAAUUGCUCAACCGGAAUAAAUUGAAGGAGGCGAGAGCGAGUG